AUGCCUCCAGCCAAAAAGAGAAAGCUUGACCGAGAAGAAAAAGGACCAGAAUCUCCAACCGUCCAUACCUUCCACUUGCCUGGUCAUAAAGUCGACGUUAAACUGAGUAUUUUUGAUGGACUGCAGCUCCAUGUUCACUCGGUGAUUUUGAAGCUCCAUAGUGCUUUCUUCCGAAGGUUUCUAGAUUCACCCGGCAAGGAUGGUAAAGAUGAAAACACUGGAAGUUUCAAAUAUGAAUGGGCAACAGUCUACGACGAUGAUGGAAGCUGGAGUUUGUUUGACACCAGGAAUAUAAAACAUGACAACCCAAGCUCAGAUUUGAUGCCGAAACAGAUUAAACGUUCCCAAAAACUACAUGAAGCAGCGUUCAUAAACUUCAUUGGGACGUUCUACGGGAAGUUAUGGGUAAUCAAAAAUACCGAGGCUUUGCAGCUGGUCACCGAAUUGGCCGAUUAUUAUUGCGCUCUUCCAGCUGUUUCAAAAUCGAUGCAUGGAGCCUUUUCCAUAAGCCCUGAAUUCUGCAAAGGAAUUUUCUUUAGCAAUAAAUCGACUUUGCUCGAUUUAGCAUUGAAAUUACGUUCUCCUGAGCUCUUUCGGGAAUGCAUGAUAUGCUUAGUUGGAAGGUGGCAAGACAGCACCCACGAAUUUCCAAUUGAAAGUCAACUUGAGAUGCUGUAUAACCCAAAACUUGCAAACCCGAAGCUAAACGAGUUAGCUAUCAAGUUACAUCGCCAAAUAUGUGUCAAAAUAUCUGCGGCGCAACGCAAAAUUGUUUCCUGCUGUCAAGUCAACUCAAAUGCUCUAGAAAUCAAGGCCAAAGUCGAACAAUGUUAUCUCGAGAGAAUAAAGUUGGGAGAGGGUGAACAAGGUGUCUACCGUGGCCAAGUUUCACUCCCUGAAUAUUUUCAGGCGUUUGGAGAAGAGUCUUCGGGAAUUUUUGCGCUAGCUGUUAGUGACAUAUUGAAGAACGAACUUAUCUUCAACAAGUCUCUACGGGCUGGGGAUAUUCUAUUUCCUGCAAAGACACAUGACGAUGUUCAGUCAUAUUUUCUGUGUGCAGAGAUUAAGGACGAAGAUCUACCGUGGGAUCUCAACAAAACCGAUUGGUGA